GAGAGUAGAGUAGAGGAGAGUUGAUGUGAAGAAAGUAGGGGAGAGGAGAGUAGGGGAGAGCAGAGUAGAGUAGAGGUGAGUAGAGAAAAAGACAGCAGAGUACAGGAGAGGGGAGUAGGGAAGAGGAGAGUAGAGUAGAGUAGAAUACAGGAGAGGACAGAAGGGUAGAGUAGACGUGAGUAGAGUGGAGGAGAGUAGAGGAGAGGAGAGAAGAGUAGAUAGGAGUAUAGAGUAGAGAAGAGGGGAGGAGAGGAAAUGCGAGGAGAGGAGAGGAGAGGAGAAUAGAGUAAAUCUUUAAUCUAUGAUGUCACAUUUGGUUUUGUGUGCAUCAACAAAGAACAGCCAAAUGGUCAAUGUGAGGAUUACCAAGUAAAGCUUACAUGUCCCUCAGAUUUCUGUCAAGGAUGCAGGACACGUUGGUUCGAUAUGGACAAUCCCACUGGGCGUGGGGACUAUGAGACCCUCCUCCAACUACAGAUGCAUUAUCCCAGCCAGGUCUGCUCCCAGCCUGUGGCCAUUGAAGCCAUGACUGUGUCUGGCACUCCAGCACUACAAACCGAUGAUGUCUUCCAAGUGUACGAUGCCACUCAUGGCUUUGGGUGUGUGAAUGCUGAGCAGCCUGAAGGAAGACUCUGCCAAGAUUAUAAAGUUCGCUUCACCUGCCCAUUAUCUUUUUGUUUCCAAGUAAAAGAGCGAUCAUGACAAAAAGGACACUGCCACAAGGCAAAUUACUCUCUAGGUGCUGUGCUAAACUAGAGACAACCAUGAUUCUGCUGACUCCCUCCUCUGGUUUCUUUCAGCGUGCCAACAAGCUCUUUUUGAUUGAGCAGGCCAAAGGACUUCAAAUCAAGGAGUUUGCACGUAAAAAUGCCGCUAAUGCUCUGUCAGUAGCCAACAUGGUUGUGGGCAUGGCCUCCAUCCUCAGCAGUCUCAAUGGGCACCAUUAUGCAGCAUGCUGGCUGGUUCUGAUUGGCUACCUGCUGGACCUGGCAGAUGGAGCCGUUGCCAGGCGACUAGAUGCCUGCUCUGCACUGGGUGCCAAGCUAGAUGAUUUUGCUGACUUCACCACCUUUGGGAUUGCUACAUCACUGCUCCUGAGGACACCCGACUUGUUGGACAACGUCCUGUGCAUGUGUUAUGUCAUGUCUGUGUUUGUCCGCCUUUGCUUUUUCUCAAGCGGGAUCCCGUUUAUGUACCGUGGCCUGCCCUGUAUCUACUCUUCAGGCAUCCUGGCCAGUGUCGCUCUUCUUUCAGGGGGCAACACGGCUGCACUGCGGGUCACUGCAAUGGCUAUGAUCCUCUUUAUGAUCAGCCAGAACUUCUACCCCCACGACCGUGUACUGGAGUCCCAGGCCUGGAAGAAAGCAGUUUAUGCUGGAGGAGUCAUCAUGGUAUUCUGCUCUUCCUUCCCCCCUGCAUGUGUUUACUACCUGCUGUGGUCAGUAUCCUACAUUUUGUUUCCGACAUCCCUUUGGAGUCGCAAAGUGUAAAGGGAGUUUUGGCCCCAUUCCAAACUCCCAAUAGGCUUACUACAGGGCCGUCCGGGUGAACUGAGGCUUCCAGACCGCUGCUGCCCCCUACUGCCAUGGAGGUUUUAAGCUGUUCGGGUUCACCCAUAGCAGGAGACCAUUCGUAUUUAACACCUUUUUUGAUGUGACAACUCUAAGAUAAAAUUGGAAUGAGUAGAAUUAGAAUUGUGGAUUAUAAGAAUAUUUUAAUGUCAGUAAGAAUUAACAUUUCAUGCUGACGUCAUGUAUAGUAUGAUGCUUUGUGGCACUGUGACGUGUUUUUACUCAAGGCAGUUUGGGUGUGGCUUGUUCCAGAUUUUACGGUUCCAGUUCUGUUGAUAUUAUGGGUCAUGGGAACAUCAUCUGUGUGUAAUCUCCCUAGCAACACAUUAACCCAAUCAACAAUCUCUUACAUCUACAAUGUCAUGAAUGUCAGCAUUUAAUUAUACAUAAAAACAAUCAGAAAGGCACAGCGUAAUGGCAUGCCUUCUGAACAUAAUAAUAGUCAUUACACUUACAUAGUGCUUUUCAAGACAUCCAAAGCACUUCACGUUUGAAGGGGGUAACUCACUUCAACCACCACCAAUGUGUAGCACCCACCUGGGUGAUGCACGGCAGCCAUUUUGCGCCAGAACACUCACCACACAUCAGCUUGAGAUGGAGAGGGAGGAAUCAUUGAGCCAAUUACACAGGGGGAUGAUUGGGUGGUCAGAUGGAGAGAUAGUAAUAUAAUAUAAUAUGGUAAUGGUAAUAAGAUAAAAAGAGAUGAUUUCCUAAAAAAAUGAUAUACAUUAUACUUCUAAAAAAAUAUGCAUUUUGCUCUGUACUUUGAUUUUAAAUAAUAUGAUUUAUAGUACAAUGUGGUAUUGGUUUUACAUUGUCUAAUGUAGUUCAAUCAGAUCGACUAUUUCAGAUAUGCAAAAUUCCAUUGGGUUGUCCUUUAAUCAUGGUUUAUUUAUUCAGUUAUGGACAUUUAUUCAGAAUAAUGACUGUAUUGUGUUUGCUGACUUCAUCACUUGUAUGAGGGUUGAGGUCAAUUAACUGUUUGUUUGCUCAAUUUGGGAGGUGGGAUUUCCUCAAGAAUCUCAUCUGUCAUUACAGAAAGACUGUUAUAUGGACAAGGCUCAGCGUUUUCGGUUUUUACCGAUUUUCACUGAAAAAUACACAGAAUUUUUAAAAGGAGCAGAUCGGUUUAAACUGAUUUUCACCCGGAUUUUAUAUUUCCGCGGAUCCAAAAGUUCCUGUUCGUGUGAGGUUAUGUAACAGUGUCCUCUUGUGGUGAAAUUCGGCAUGCUGGAUGGCUUUGAAAAAUAAAAACCGAAAACGCUGAGCCUUGUAUAUGGAGCAGCAGUUUCACUUUGCAUUUUGAGUUGAUUGAAUGGGAGGUGAAAUGACCUCAAAACAUGGUUCAGGUUUACAGGAAACUUUUUUCACAUUUCAAGAUUUUCAGCUCUUACCAAGCUGGCAAUUCUGUCCAAGGAAAGAUAUGUUAAAUUCUAUUUUUAAAUUUAUUUCUGAUUUCAUUGGGUAACUGUAUAUCUUUGCCUCUGUUUUAAGAGGCUUUGGCGCUUCACUUCCUAAUAUGAUCAGUAUAAAGUCUGAUAGAAGAUAGCUUGUUGAAGACCUGUCUGUUUUAGCAAGUCUCAGCAGAUGCUCUUUUUGUCUCUUCCUGCUGUGACUGUACAUGGUGAGUGACAAAUCUGGGAAAAUAUAUUGUUUUCCUGUGUCUUGGUCAGAGGCUUCAUAAGGGCAAUUGUACAGGAAAAAAAAACGAAAUGUCUGCUCUGUUGAAAUCUGAAAAUUUAGAUUCUGGACUUGUUUCAUUCAGUCUAGAACUACCAUUCUUGAAGUAGCUUCAAUUGAUACCAGAAUAGAAGGCAUUAUAUUGGGGACCUUGUCAACAAUCAUUUAAACUCUCUAUAGCACAAAAAAAGCCAUAGAUCACUUUUAAAUCCUCUUUUGCUGAAUUAAAUUUGCCCAACUAAUUUUUUCGGGCUGAAUGCAGGUCAGGCAGAGUACGUUGUUCAUCCAGAUGCUUAGAAAACAGAAUAAAGUUCCAAGCUACACAUAAGUGUUUUUUUAUAUGGUUUAUUAUAACUGGAGAAAGUCACAUGCCUUCAGCAUACACAAAAACUAAAUACAAAUUGUUUGUUUAUUCGCCAUGCUUUCAUCAUUACUGUGUGAAUGCUCUGGUUUUCUAACUGCAUGGUCACAGUUGUAUGUGCAUGCCAAGAGCAGUUACAUGAAACUUCCUUUACCAGAUUAUAUAACAAAAAAAGUUCUUUGAAGUACAGUAUUUUUUAUUGUGUAUAUUUUGACAAUAAAACAAGGCAAU